AUGGCGACCAGCUCUUAUAACGACCCUACGGUAGGGCUAGAUGAGGCGCAGAAGCCUCCAAUCGAGAAGACACGGUCCAAGGUCGAUGUUCCAAUUUACAAUGAUGUCGAGCGGGUGUCGUCGACGGACAUCUCCUUCGGAGCGAUUCUUAAGGGUACAGCCGCGAAUCCUAUGACCACAUUCGAAAAGAAGGCUGCGCUCAUCAACGUUGAGUUGGACAAUUUUGGUAUGGGAAGAUACCAGAUAUGCAUCUGGUUUCUCUGCGGUUUUGGAUACUUUCUUGACCUUGCAUGGUCUCAGGGCAUUGGCCUGAUCGCUACCGCCGUGUACCAGGAGAUGGAUGUCCCAGAUGCGCGAACAGGAGACAUCUGGUCGCUAGCCAAUGCUGGACUUGCUAUUGGGGCGCUGACGUUUGGCUUGUUGGUCGAUGUUAUCGGGAGAAAAUGGGCGUUCAAUUUGACCUGCUUGAUCACUUCCGUUUUCGGACUUCUUAUUGCUGCUCCAAAGUACAACUACGAAGCCGUGUGUGGAAUUUAUUUUCUCGCGUCUCUUGGAUUGGGAGGCAACAUUCCCAUCGACGCUACCAUCGCUCUGGAAUUUCUUCCGCAGAGUCGCCGCAACCUGGUCGCCCUCUUGUCGCUUUGGCAACCCAUUGGCGUUAUUGCUGCGUCCGGCAUAGCGUACGGCACUGCAGCCAAAUGGCGCUGCGAUGUUGAUCUACCUUCGUGCAAGGCCGUUGGCGCGGGAGAGGCUUGCUGCACCGUUUCAAGCAACAUGGGUUGGCGCUACGAGGUCAUUAUCCUCGGUUGCGUAACUCUAUUCAUCUUUUUCCUACGCUUCUUCGUGUUCAACUUUUACGAGUCGCCAAAGUUUUUGCUUAGCAGGGGCAGGGAGGCUGAAGCCAUCGAAGUGCUGCACAAGAUUGCGAAAUUCAAUCGCGCACUACCGCCAACCUUGACCUUGGACAUGUUCGCGGCGAUCGACGAAACAGACUCCAACGUCUCGGUUGUUCCUACCGGUGGCCCACAAACGCGAGCCCAGACCGCGAAGAACGUAGGCAGGGGUUUCGUCAAGGAGUUCGCGCGCUUGAAGGGAGUCUUCGCGAACAGACUACAGCUCUUCAUCUUCAUUCUUCUCGCUAUCGCCUACAUGGGCGACUACUGGUCCUUCAAUCUCGCCAGCUCCUUCCUGCCCAUUAUCCUCCUCCGGAACAACGUCUCAGACGGCCGAGGUUCCGUAUCAGACACCUACCAGCAAUACAUCAUCAUCUACGCCCCCGGCAUCAUCGGAGCUCUCCUCGCCCUAGUCUCAGUGCAGAUGCCGCUCGUCGGUCGCAAAUGGUCGCUUGUCUUCUCCGCCGUCUGCCAGGGUCUCGCAAUGGCCAUGUACACCCAGGUCGAAAACACCGCAGGCUACGUGGGUCUCAAUGCCCUCGAGUAUAUCAUGCAGACCUAUUUCAACGCCGUCCUGUACGCCUCUGCACCCGAACUCUUCGACACAAGCUACCGCGGUAGCGUCAGCGGCAUGCUCUCCUGCCUCGGCCGCUUGUCGGGCAUCGUCGCGCCGUUCGCGGGCGCGAGCUACCUUGCGGACAAGAGCUCGGGCAUUUUGUGGUUGGGGGCGGGCGGGAUUUGGCUCGCUGCGUUUGUGAUGGUGUUUCUGCCGGUGGAGAUGCGGAAUAGGCAGAUGUUUUAG